AUGCAUUUUAACUCAGUCGCUGAAAUUAUUCGAAGUGAUAUUAAAGUUAAUAUAUUUUUGGAGGACGAAAAGAAAAAACAUUAUGAUGAUAGAAAUAAAUCGAAAGAAGAUAAUAAAGAACCGCUUACAAGUAAAGAUGUUCACGGUGAAGAAACUGAAAGUAAAGAGGUUAAAAAUAAAGAAGAACGUACAGAAGUCCAGGUUAAAGAAAGUCCUUUCAAAGAUGGAAUAUUUGAAAUAGAUGUUGAAAAAGGCUUACCUGGUAGAGAUGGAAAGAAAUCAAAGAGAGACCAGCGGAGACAACAGACAACGUGGGUUCAAUUCAAUACAGGGUACGGUGGAUAUGGAGGCGGUGGAGGCGCUGGAGGGGGGUACGAAGGUCACGGCGCGCCGCUACACUACGACCCGACCAGUCGGAACUAUUUCGUCAAAUUUGUGUUCACUAUUGUACUCAUUAUGCUGUGUAUCACCGCUGCUUUCACCGCUUUUGUAUUGGCUACGUGUAUUGUAAUACCUUUAAACUACGUAAUGUUCUGCAGCGAAUGUGCCAGACGACCACCUUGUAACUUCGUAUGCCUUAUGUUUGCGGUCCUAGGUAUGAGUAUACUAGUAGCUGCGAUCACAUGUCGGUAUAGAACGAACAUCGUACUCUACGCUGUAAUAACUACGGUGGUCGUUGUUGCUGUGUGCGUGAUUCUGGCUUGCACUAGUUUCGACUUCACAGCCUGGUAUCUAUACGUGGUAGCUAUCGUGGUAGCGUUUGCUGUUGUAUCGACGAUCAUAUCUGUCACGAUGUUGGUUAUGAAUAUACGGUAUAAGCCCUUGCAUAUUGGCCUACUCUUCGCGGGGGCGAUACUUAAUGUUAUUGUGUUAAUAAUGGAGUUGCAAAUGAUCCUCGGAGGAGGGAGGAUAGAGAUUGGGGAGAAUGAUUACACGCUGGCUGCGUAUAUGUUGUACACGAGUAUUAUUGAUAUUUUCCUUAAAAUUGUUCAGAUAAUGGGCUUGAUGGAUGAGUGA